AUGCUAACAAGGACUUUGGUUCGACAGGGCUCGAUCAACAAGCAGAUCUCCCGCUACGAAGCCACCGCCGUCUAUACUCAUCCCGAUGCCAAAGUAGACAUCAUCCUCGUACAUGGCCUGAACGGGGAGCCGCAGAAGACGUGGACUGCUAAGAACGGCGUCUUCUGGCCCGCCGAUCUCCUCCCCGCGUCUCUCAGAGACGCCCGUGCCAACGUCCUGGUCUACGGUUACAAUGCCGACGUCUACUCGAAGAAACAUGGCUCGAAUCCCAGUGACAACUUCAUAUACAUGCACGCGCAGACGUUGGUGACGUCGCUUACACACUAUCGCAAGGACGAGUUAACGUCCUCCAAUCCAAUCAUAUGGGUCUGUCAUAGCCUAGGAGGCAUUCUCGUUAAGCGAGCGCUCUUGUACUCCAACGACUUACGAACGUCGCAACAUGAAGACUACCGUUCUAUCUAUGUUUCAACCUAUGGCCUUGUGUUUCUGGGUACACCACAUACAGGCUCAGACAUCGCAACGUGGGGUUCUGUUCUGCAAGCGAUGUCCGAUGCCGUCGUACCCAGAUCCUUCUUCCAAUCUGAGUCUGUGUUACUGAAAACACUUAAAAGAGACAAUGAAACACUGCAAAACAUUAACAGUCAUUUUCUUGAUGUUUACCAACGGUUCAAAAUACUCAUGGCCCAUGAGAACCACAAGACAGACCUCAAAGGAACAAGGGCCCUCGUAGUAGAUGCUAACUCGGCUAGCCCCCAGCUCCCGGGCGUCACAUACUACGCGAUUGAAGCAACACAUUCAGGAAUGUGCAAAUUCGACAGCAAGAACGCACCGGGCUAUAGAACAAUUUCAAGUGCGAUAAGAGAGUGGGUAUUAGAUGCGCCCGAUGUUAUAAGAACACGAUGGAGAGUCGAAGAGGACGAGAAGCUAGCACGGGCGAAGCAUGAGAUUGAGGAAAGAAUGAAGCCAUGGAUUCAAUCACAAAGACUUCAGACGAGUCAAGGAACAAGCACUCCGCAGCAAAAUAAUGAAAGUACUUUACCUCCUAGCCAAGAACAUUCGAAGCUUCAGCAUCACCCUAGAAAUUUACUCACUGAGCCGGAAACCCCGAUGACAACGGACGACGACGAAGAACUGUUUCCCUCCCAGCAGUCCAAAUCGGAAAUAGACGCAGCUGAUGAGCCGAUGUUUGUAAUGCCUUCGGUAUUCCGGCCGAAUACGUAUUUCAAGGGCCGCGAGAAGGAGCUGAAGCUCUUGCAUAAGCUGCUAUCGGAUCGUAAAACACGGUCAAUAGGUACCUCGUCCGUACUCAUACAGAGUAUGCCUGGGGGCGGUAAAAGUCACUUAGCACGGCAAUACGUCUUCCAGCAUAGAUACGACUACCCUGGAGGUAUCUUUUGGAUCAGAGCAAAAUCGUUACAAGAGUUGGAAUAUGGUUAUCACGAUAUCGCAAAAGUUGCUGGUCUCAGUGAAGUAUCCGCUUUAAGCCAAGACCAAACCAGCAACGCACUUGCAGUCGUGAAAGCUGUCCAAGAUUGGCUCAGUAGCACCGAAAACUGGUUAUUGAUUUUUGAUGGCAUUCACUUCGACUUCGAGGGUCUUGAGCAUUAUAUACCCUUCUCGAAAAACACUAGCAUUAUAUACACAUCAACUGAACGGACAACGGGAGAAGACUACCAAUUUGACAAUCCCCAGAUCAUGGCUUUGGACCCAUUAUCGAAACGGGAGGCUCAAGAGCUGCUUUUUGAGGAAAUGGGAAAAAAGAAGCCUUAUACCCAAGAUGAUCUUCAACGCGCUGAAGAGCUAGUUGAGCUUAUGGAUCGACUUCCCUUGAUGAUCCACGUGGCUGCCCUCCAACUCAAAGCGACUAGGGAGCCAUUAGCUAAAUACUUGAGAUCGUUUAAGAGUCGACCGAAGGUCGGUAACUUGCCAGCGUAUCGGGCAGUUCACGAGCAGUUGGAACAUCGCGGUGCUGUUGCGGCCCUGAAUUUGAUGUCUAUACUGGCUUUCUUCGGUACCCAUAUCCCGGUUGAAAUGGUAGCCCUUGGGGCAAAAGCGCUCGAUAAGCGAACUCCCGUGAAAACAAAAGGACCUGAGUCCCGCAGAGGAUCGCUAAAUCUCACAUUCAAAAUCCUUAUUGCAUUUGCACUUAUAGAAAGAAACGAAUCCCGAGAAACUUCCACGGCGAGCACACGAAGCACUCGUAGUGUUGACAUGGCCCAAGAUACCUUAGAUAUCCUCAGGGUUCAUGGGAUAGUGCAGGCUUUCUUCGUGGAUUACCUAAAUGAGAAACAUGAAGUAGACUUUUGGCUCGAGCGAGCAGUCCGUGUGUUCUGUGGCGCGUUCGAUUCCAGCGUCCAUAGAGUAGAGAAGGAUCCACAGACGGGCAUACCAGAAGACUACAGACGGCUUCUCAUCCAUGGUCGGCGCCUCCUUUCCCAUCUAGAUCGCUUCGAAAAGCGGUUUCCAGAUCUCAAAUCAGCUCGCGAGGAUCUAGAAACGAAACUCGAUUCAAUUCAACAUCGAAUUGAUCAACUCAUCAAGAGGGUCAGUGAGGCUGCCAGCCAAGGUUCGGGUGACGUAAUUGUCUCUGUAUUCGAGCGUACCAACAGCCUCUCAGAGUCUGAGACUACGCCGAGCAGUCGCAGCGUGUACGAUUUCUCUGUAGAUGAUGGAACAGAAACGAUAGGAUCCCCGUCUGUCUACAGCCCUACGGAACAUGGUCCUUACCACUGGCAUGUCCCUGUCGUCGAUGACCCGCAGGGAUUUCCACAGGGGUUUACUGAUUGGGAAACAUCGAGGACGGUGACACCACAGCUAGCGGCUACAGAAAUCUUCGAGUCCAUGUCAAUGCUCGAUGAUGAUGAAACGACAAGAAGGGUUUUUGGCCCAGAACAUCGUACAAUCAGAAAGCACUCUGUACGCCGAUACCGUGAUCACGCUGGUGCUUGGAGGGCACAUCCCCAGAUCCUUAGUGAUCCCCGAGUCACACUUAGCCGCGAAACCGCAAGGGGGUUCAAUCAUUCUACGGCAUCAAAGCCAUAUCAAGAAUUCUCAUCUAGCGACAGCGGCCCAUCAGUCCAAAGUGAAGCUGAAAUAAGCUUAAACCAGAUCAAGAAAGGGUCGCCGAAGCCAGCAAGCAUACUAGCCAUGGCUAUGAGUAAUCUAGAAAGCCCACCACCCCGUCCACGACUCCUUGCUGGGCGGCCCUCGUAUGCGAACGUCAGGACUGAGGAGGCUCGGUAUGAUGAAUUUCCGGUAACCCCGACAUUUUCCUACCCACCGCCAUCGCCUAAAGAUACUGCGGCUGCCAUUAUGAGACUUAAAGACACAGACCGGCCUGUUUCCCUUGAUGGUCUCACACCAGUGAAAAUUUCUAGUCCCUUAUCGGCGACUCCAAUUUCCUCAGAGGAAUUACUGGCAUCAAACUCCAAUCCUAUAUUCGGUGCUCCUGAAGAUGAUGCAGCGGCGUCUUUGCAAUCUUCAGUCCUCUUAGCUGGGCCAUCGUCUAGGCCUCAUUCAAGAGAACCAUCGCGCCCUCCGUCGGUGCCAUUGUCGCGGUCAGCUAGAUCCUCGCCCGCUCAACCGGCAGGCCCGUUCUCGCCGCCACCCAUUUCUAUAGAAGUCAAUCCCACUAGUAGCCUUCGCUCUGCUCCACCAGCUGGCUCACCCCAGAUAAGCUCACAUCGGCUCUCCACUCACUCACUAGGGGAAUACAGUGAGUAUCUACCUCCCGCGAGACCAGUGCUACCUCGUGAUCUACCAUAUCCACAGACUAUAGGCAUACCUCCUGAGUCCUUCAGUAUGCCCGAACCUCCUGCACCGUGGGUGGCCUCCUUGCCAUCGAACCUACACCCUCAAGGUUAUUCAAGUCAGCCAAUGUCGCGCGAUCCAAGCCAUCAGUCAAACUCUAGCAUCGGCUCCCGCCAUUCAAUCACCCUUGCGCGCGACGGUUCACCAAAUUCCUCAAACCAAGCCCUGAGCUCCUCCCCCGCCUCGCAAAUCAUGCAAACGCCGCACGCCCGGCGUCCAAGCAUCGUGGAGACCGAACCUAGUCCCCGUCUAAGACCGCUUGAGUUGGAUCCAGUCGUCACAAGCUACCAGUUAUACAGGGAUCCUCGACAUCACCACACAUCAACGACAUCAAAGCAUCCUUUUCGCGGUCGCAAGCGUGGCGGCAGUAUACCCGGCACAGCCGCGAUUCAUUCAUCUAGCCCGGGAUCCAAGCUAUUAUCCCGCAUUCGCUCCAUAAGCGAAAGUCGAAAGCAAAGACGUCGUGGAUCUGCUGAUAUUAGCGCCGUUGAUAAUCAUACUAGUGACAACGGUUCACAUCGACAGACAUUUACUAGACCAGCUAAUGGCGGGGAGGAAAUGGCGCGCUCUGGGUCUGGGGGCAUUAGACUUGAUAAAGACACCGUUGUUGAGUUCGGAUCACCGCCUGCUCAGGCCGCUGCUGCGGUCGCAGAGGUCCGACGGAAGAGCCCGCGGAUCGGGAGUAACAGCCCCCUUGCCGCCGCGCACCCGUUUAGCCCGCCGCCUAGGAACAAGAGCGCGAGCCCCCCUGAAAGUCCGCCUCGCGGGGUUGGGCUGGGGAUACAGCAUCGGGGUUCGUGA